UUUCUUGUGAGGUGGUCGGUUGGGGCGAUCCUCAACUUUGCCGUGUUUGGUUUCGUCACUGUUUUCUUGUGCCCAGGAGAGGGUUUAGUGGUCGAAGGUUUCCUAUAUCAACGAUCGCGUUCGCUCUGUUACCUUUUUGUUGACUCCCAGCAACCUCAGUCUUCAACCUCAGUCGUCAACCUUUUGCUUGACACCCGGAAAGCAGAAUCGCGUUACACGAGCUCAAGAACAACAUCACACACCACACACACCAUAUACCAAUACCAUACGGGACAGAUCAUACAACAUCAAGAUGAAGCUCUCAGUCCCGACUUUCGCCAUUUUUGCAGCAGCACCGGCUGCCUUUGCAAACCCUCAGUACCAGGGACCUCCUAACUCGGAUGAUCCGGCCUUCAAAUCAUUCACGUCCAACUUCCCUUCGACUUUCUCCAACCUUCCAACCAACGCCCCUCAAUUCAGCUCCCUCUACUCGUCUCUUGCCUCUCAGGGCGUCGUGCCUUCAGUCACUGCUCCUCCCUAUCCAUCUGGAAGUUACGGCGCAGGCAGCGGACCUUGGUGGGGACCUAACGCUAACGGCGGCGGUCCAGGACACGCCUGGGGUGGUCAAAACGGCUGGGGUCCUUUCGGCGACAAAUCGUUCGGGCCUUGGAGCGACUGGAGCACUCGCAGCGAUUGGCGCUCUGGAGCGUGGACGAGCUGGUGGGGAGGCUCCGCGUGCCCCGCGAGUGACUGGCCUGGCUGGACUGAAGGUCCCUGGAGCACAAGUGCACCCUGGACAUCUUGGUCUGGCUGCAGUGCAUCUACCACAGCUACCAACGUCGUGACAACUACGGUUUCUGGAACCGCUGCAACGAGCACCCAGUUCGGGGUCAAGGUCGCCGAAGCCAACGCUGGAUCUGCUUCCACUGGCUCCGGAAGUGCGGCAGCUGCACCGAUGAAGACUGGAAGUGCUGGUGUCGCUUUCGGAGCUGCUGUUGUGGGACUUGCUGCCUUUGGCCUAUAA